UGAGCAUGGCCGAGCAGGAGCCCACCGCGGAGCAGCUGGCACAGAUUGCCGCGGAAAACGAGGAGGAUGAGCACUCGGUCAACUACAAGCCACCGGCGCAGAAGAGCAUCCAAGAGAUCCAGGAACUGGACAAGGAUGACGAGAGUCUGCGCAAGUACAAGGAGGCCCUGCUGGGCCGCGUGGCCGUCUCUGCCGACCCCAAUGUCCCCAACGUCGUCGUGACCCGCCUGACCCUGGUGUGCAGCACCGCCCCGGGCCCCCUGGAGCUGGACCUGACAGGAGACCUGGAGAGCUUCAAGAAGCAGUCGUUUGUGCUGAAGGAGGGAGUAGAGUACCGAAUAAAGAUCUCCUUCCGGGUGAACAGAGAGAUCGUGUCCGGUAUGAAGUACAUCCAGCACACCUACAGGAAAGGCGUCAAGAUUGACAAGACCGACUACAUGGUGGGGAGCUACGGGCCCCGCGCGGAGGAAUACGAGUUCCUGACGCCCAUGGAGGAGGCGCCCAAGGGCAUGCUGGCACGCGGCAGCUACAAUAUCAAGUCUCGCUUUACGGACGACGACAAGACAGACCACCUGUCCUGGGAGUGGAACCUCACCAUCAAGAAGGAAUGGAAAGACUGAGCCUCGGCCGGGAGGCGGG